UGCAAAACCUACUUUACCUACACAAACCUUGAACAUGAUAUACAGGAGGAGAUUCUGAUGCAACAUUUGGGGCGUGGUCAUACAAAGGGACGGGGCUAAGGUCAGAUAACUCUUUCUCAGGUUCUGUAAGUCUGAUCAAGCUAAUAUUUGGUAUGGUGCAUCUAUGCGCUAAUUUGUAAGUGAAUUUUUAAUGAUGACCUAUGUAAUUAAAAAAAGAAAAAAGGCUGUCAUCAGCCAAUCAGCUUUGUCAAAUACCUGCUGAAAGCUGAUUGGCUGAUGACAAACUGGUAUUUGGUAGGGUGCAUCUAUGUGUUAAUCUGUAAGUGGACUUUUCAUGAUCUGUAAUUACUGAAGAAACAUCCACAGGGGUUGGAGUUAACUUCAAAUAGCUGUUUUUCAGCUGUUUCUUUAAUCAAUUCUUCUGGCAAUCAGUAUGAAAAUAGUGAAUAAUGUUAUCAAAUAAAGUGUCAUCAUGCAGGCUGGUUAAACUGGCUGUUACAGCCUAAUUGCUACUACAGGUCAUCUAUAAAGCCUGACUUUACAGUAUAUUUGGAAAAUCUGUAUAUCCCUGGUUGUAUUCAUAACAAUUAUAAUAUUAGGAUAGAUCUAAUGGAUGAUGUUAAUUCACUUCACAGGUCUUUCUUUUUGCUGGAAUCAUCUGAGAUUUUCAUUUCAAACUUCCACACUUUAUUAUGGCUACUAGUAUUCAAGAGUCAUCAUCGACUGUACAUGAUUUAAUCUAGAAGAGUCGAUUAAUCGAUGAAGAUCAACCCGCAUGAUAUUCUCUCCUCACAAUGAGAAGUAAUCUUGAAAAAGACGGCUCAGUGAGAAAACGGACGUUUGGACAGCGAGACAACAAUAUGCAAACCAAAAUCCUACUGAUUGUAGGAGAAACCGGAACAGGCAAAACUACUCUGAUCAAUGCCAUGGUAAAUUAUAUACUCGGGGUGAAGUUUACAGAUGAAGUGUGGUUUGAGAUUACAGAAGAGGGAGGAGAUAAUCAAAUGUCAGAUCAGUCAAAAACACAAACAACUGAAAUCACUGUGUAUGAGGUCUUUGCUCAAGACAACCCAAUCUGCCUUACUAUCAUUGACACUCCAGGUUAUGGAGACACCAGGGGAACAGAUAUGGAUAAACAGAUUGCUGAAAAUCUGUACAAACUGUUUCAAAAUGAUACUGGAGUGAAAGAAAUUGAUGCAGUGUGUCUGGUAGUGAAGGCAUCUGACCAUCGUCCCUCUGACAGACAGCAUUACAUCUUUGAUGCUAUUUUGUCCUUAUUUGGUAACGACAUAGAGAACAAUGUUGUCAUUUUUGUAACUCACUCAGAUGGAAUGCCUCCAGAAGAUGUGAUUAAUGCCAUCAAGAAAGCAGGGAUUCCCUAUAGGAAAGAUGGAGAAAAUGAACCUGAGCACUUCUUAUUCAACAAUCGUCAAACUAAUAAGAGGAGCCCGGCGUAUAAAAGAGCUCUCCAGACAGCUUGGGAACAAACAGAGAACACUUUAAAUGUUUUUUUUGCCUCAAUGAAAGAACAGUACAGAAAAAGCUUAGAGCAGACUGAAAGUGUUCUGACUGAGUCCAAACAGCUUGAAGCCUGUAUUAAUAAUCUACAAAACCGCAUUGACUUUGUAGAGUGCAAACGUAAAGAACUGGCUCAGACUCAGAAAGCCCUUGAGGAGAACCGAGAAAAGAUUAGAAGAAAUAAAAACUUUACUUUUACAGUCACCAAGUAUUACAAAGAAAAAGUUCUCAUUGAAAAUGCUUCAUUGUGGGACAGAAAGGCCACCACUUGCUCUGUCUGUGAGGAGAACUGUCAUGAGUAUGGCUGCUGGAGUGCCUGGGAUGCUUGGUGGUGUGAAGUCAUGAAAAAUGACCACUGUACUGUAUGUACAGGUAAAUGUCACUACACUAAACAUGUCAAAGAGAGCAAGAAAUAUGUUAGAAGCAGCAAAGAAAUCAUAGUGACAUUUGAUGAUUUAAAAAAACAGUAUGACAGCAGCAAUAAUUCAGCAUCAGAUAUCAAGUUUGACUCAAAGUCCUUUGAAAAUGUUAAAAAGGAGUUUGAAAGCAACAAGAAAUGGAAAAAGGAAAAGAUAAGCAUAGAGAAGAGACUGAAAGAAGAACUGAUCAAGACUGAAAAGGAUAAAGCUAAGCUGGUGGAAGAAGCCUACAAUGCCAUCAUGAAACUGUCUGAGAUUGCUUUAAAGCGAGAUUCUGCUUUUAUUGUUCAGUGUCUUGACUUCUUGAUCCCUCGAGCUGAGGAAACCGGAAGAGACUUUAUUGCUCAGAAACUCAGAAGAGAGCUGAGGAAAUUCAACCUGAAUCACAGUAAAUAGUUAAAAUAGGUAAUGGAGUAUGCAAGAACAGGUUUCACUAAAAUAAAAUGUGUUGUUACUAGUACAAAAUGAAUUCAGGAGAUUAAACAUGGCCAUUGUAACAUGUAAGAGUGCAGUUUUUGUUCAAUUUAAUAAAAUGCAUUGUGUUUAUUCAUCAA